UAUUAGCCAUCGCAUCCCCUCUCUUUUUCAUUGGUCACCCCAAACUCUGCUUUUCACUCCACCCCACACCAAACAGAGUCUUCUUCGCUAUAUAUACAUGUCGCGGCUGUAUGCCCCGUGAGACAAUUUCCCCUGCUUUCCCUCCUCCUGCUCUGUUUCUCUGCGUGCUUCGUCAUGCACCUCUCUCUGUAGCCAUCUCACAACUUACACACUUCCAUCUUCUUCUUCAUCAUCGUCAUCUCCUUCGGUUGUGUAUAUCAUAAUGGGUAAUUGCGUUGCCCUCUGUGACCCCAGACUUGGCUCCGCUUUGGCCAAGCAGGGCGGAAUUGUGAGGGUGCUGAAACCCGACGGAAAGAUGCUUGAAUUCAGCACACCCAUUGCUGUGAAGCAGAUCCUGCAGGAUUUUCCUGCUUUGAUAGUUUGUGUGUCAAAAGAAGCCUCGGAGCCUCUCUCCCCAGAUCACAAAUUGAAGGCCGGAAGGUCGUAUUACUUGCUUCCACAUCUUUCUUUUCUCGGAAACACGGAUGAAGAUAGUGGGACAAAAAGGCUCAAAAUUGUCAUCACCAAACAGCAGCUUCAGCAGUUAGUCUCAAAACAGAUUUCCUUAGAGGAUGUACUUUCGGACGUCCAAUUUAGGACUGUUGAUUUGCCAAGCAACUGGAGGCCCCAACUGGAUUCCAUCCCUGAAGGAAAUGAGUAACAUGUCAUUAUAAAUACAUCAAAGACUCUUUUCGUUUUUUGUUGGUUUCCAUUUUUGGCGGUUCGGGAGUACUGGACCUUUUCUUCUGCUCCUUCCUUUCUCUGUUCUUGUUCUUUCUCGUGUGUGGUACUUGUGACGGUUGCUGUAAUGCUUCGGGUUGUUUGGUGAGAUUGAAAGGAAAGAAAGAAGAAAGGAAGGCAGAGGAAAACAUGGAACCUUGUAUAUGUAUAUAUGAAUGAACCAAUCAUGAAGCCAUGUCUUUAACCUCCCACCACCUGUUAGGGUUGUGAUUCAUGACCAAUGGAUGCAUAAAUUAACAGCACAAGAUUACAAAUU